AUGUCCAUACCAGUCAGCAUUGGCGACUGUCAUUUACUCGUCAAAGGGCUGCGUAAAGUCACCAGCCCCCUUCGAGGGGAAGCUGUUGAGGAAUUCAAGCAAUACAAAACCAUAUACCAUCAGCUGACCGGUUUGUCUGAGUACCUUGACGCUUUCAUGGAAUCCAAUGAGGGAGCCCAAGACACCUUUGCGAAGGACUUCAAGCGUAUUCGACGACUGCUGAAGCGAUUCUAUUCCAAAAUCAAGGCCCUCAAACCGCAUCUCGAUAGGGGCCGUCCUCGGAAAUCAUUUUUGGGUGCCAUAGUGAAGAUUAAAUGGCCACGCUACUCUCAGAAACUACAGCAGCUCCACAACGACCUCAAGGAGCAGAUAUCGAUCAUCACUCUCAAGAAACAAUUAAAAUCAACCGCUCGCGGACGGAUUCACUCUGGUAGAUCCCCGUGGCAAACGAGGCCACGUCGAUUUUGUAUCCGUCUCCUCAUGGGCCGUACGCGUUUCAUAACCAACCAAAUCAACACUCUUCGUACUGACCUGUUUCAGUGUCUCCACGAGUUGCUCCUCCGGGCAUUCCCCGAGAACGAUCCCGGGAAUGAGGCGAUCGUCCAUCAACGCUACCUCAUUCACAAGGCCGAUUCCGACAUCGAUAUUCUGCCCAGCCGCCCUGCAAAGCCAUUCAGAGACACAGUCAGCAAGGACGACCGCAUUGAAAUCAGCAUCAUCUUCCCACAUGAAGACCGGUACGAAACACAUUGUCCCCGCUGUGAGCAGGAAAGACAACUCCAAUGUCGGAUCAUUUCUCACGUUGGGGGUCUCAUAGCUCGUGGGCCGAUGCCGCCAGAACGUCGGAAGUCUCGAAUUCGGGACUUCUCGAGAGUGACACUCUGCAGAGUGCAAUGGCCAGAUUUGAGUCGCCACAACGUACAUCGAAAAGCCUCCAAACAGCUUCGUCGCUCAAUCUCGGGUAUCAGACGACACGCUGAGUGGUUGGAAAGCAAGGAUUUCCCGCCAGAAAUCGCCUCGAGAUUUCUCAAUUCUCGAAUUGGCAAUGGGCGAAUUAAUCGGGCAAAGCUACUGUUCUUUCAAUUCCUUGUCCAGGCGUUUCAAUCCCAAGAACCUCAUAUUCACUACUCACAGGAAGCUGCAAAGAUUUUAUGCAGUUACCUCCAUGGCAUCGAUGAAGAGAUGGUCCAGUUUCAGGCCCCGAAUUUGGAAUUCAGGUGCCUGCUCUGGAUCUGCUGGUAUGUUUUGAGCACAGAAGCGGAUAUUCUUCGCAGUCACUCAGCGCAGUUGAAUCGCUGGUCGAUUCCUGAAGGUCUAACAAGAGGCCCGACACCUCUGAUUUGGAAAUUGGCUUUCCUUCCCCAUGCUGUGAUCUUUCCGCCUUUAUGCAGAUUCACACUUGAUGUUGUUCUAGAUUUUAAGGAGAAGUUGAAUGAAGCGAAGCCUUUGCACAUUCCUGUAGGUAUCUAUCAAAUGGCCAAGAGAUCUAGCUCAAUUUCGACCCAGUUCUAUCUCGACGGUUAUCUCAACAACUAUUUCUUGGCUUCCGGGGGGGGAUGGCCAGCCUGUCAAGAUUGGAUGGAAGCAAUUAUGAGAUCUAAGGGCGUCAAACUGGAAUCGGCCAGUGUUUACUAUGAUCUCAGGCGUAUUAUGGAACAUGGAAAUUUCGAGAGCAUCGUGUUAAGUAUGGUGGCUUCGUGCCAGCAACUUGCUUAG